AUGCUCCUCCAACCCCCAAGCGAUCUCCCGGCCUUCAAGGAAUUGAGGAUGGGGAUGCGAGUGGGUUGCGGCAUUGAGAAGAGUGGCACUGCCAUCACGUGCUGGGGUGUCCUGAUCAGCAAUGAGGAAGGCAAAACAUGGCGCCAGGAGACUGGCGCCAUUACCCAGCUGACGGUGGGCGACCGAUGGAUCUGCGUCCUUACAUCGGCCAAAGGCGUGAAGUGCUGGGACAUGCUGCGGAGCAGGCCGACGAGCGCCAUCGAGGAAUUCAAAGUGCCAGAGCUGCCGCCGAUUCUGCAGGUGAAAGCUAGCGAGAGACAGAUCUGUGCACGAGAUGAAGACGGCAAAGUCCACUGCUUUGGCGAGAUGAGCUACGAGGUACCCACCCACCGCUUCAAGUUCCUCGGGGCUAGCAUCUGGUGGUUUUGCGGUGUUACCACAGAUGGCAUCCUCUACCAGUGGCGGGAUAGACGGGACAGUGCCAACCUGGAAACCCCCUUGGACGACGUGAAGGUGGAGACGUGUUCUUCAGGUUCCUAUGGCGGCUUGGCUCUUGAUGCGGCAGGAGUCGCACACGGUUACGGCAACAUGAAGCCCUUUUGGGCCACGCCGCCAGAAGACAAAUGA